AUGGAAUAUAAGUCAACUUUUGAGCUUCGACAGCAGGUUUUGGACCUCCCAACUCACUUGACCUCAAGGGCGAGGACGGGGAAAAAGAAUAGCAGCUCCAACCCCCCAUGUUUGCCGCAUCCUUUAAAUGCGAACAACAACGGAGCAGUAAUGGAUUCUGAUCCGGAUGACCCCACUGCCCUUGUCCGUGAGCUGCCGGCGCUGGACAAACUUAACGCUCUCAGUGCGUCGUUGAAAAAUGAGGAAGAGGUCCAGAACUACGUGGAGGCAAGAAAUCUUUCUCUGGAGGAUACUGCAAAAUACAUCAUGGCAAACGGAAGUACUGGUCAGAAAAUGUCGUUGUUCCAGCGUCUGAAAGAAACGCUGGUGGGUUUAGACAUGUCUAGCAUCUCGCAGGUAUUGAUGAUUGCCGUGGACAGCAUGUGGGUGCAGGAACCAGAAUUACAGUGCUUCGCCCCGGGUGCCUUAAUUGAGGUGUUGCCGUUGCUGAACAAUACCGUGACACGAGAUCUGUUGAUGGUGACAAGUACAAUGUUAAGCGUCAAAACGGCGGAGGUCCGCAUAGCAUGGAAUAAAUUAUUUUCGGCCUUUAUUGAUUAUCUGAAUAACAAACAGCUUGACAACGAUGUGGUGCCCCUUGCUCUUAAAAAAACCGAACAUGUUGAGCCACAGGAUCAGCGCGAGCUUAGUUGUGAUCUCAUUGGUGCUGUCUGCCGCUAUCUCCCUCAUGAUAUUGUAGAGCGAAAACUUAUGAACAAAGUGCUGGCGUUAUGUCAGGACACUAACGUGGGAGUGCGGCAACACAUGUGUCAACAACUAGGCAUUG